CGUGCAGCUGUAGGUUGUGCGCGUCUCUCCAUUUUCCUCCAUAAACAUAAACCGACUGCUGUGUUUUUUUUGCACCAAUCCAACCACCUGCAGCCCUGCGGCAAUAAAUAAUCGGCCGCGGUCGACGCCGAGCGCGAUCCACCUGUUUGCGUCGCCGUGAUGCUCUUCUUGCUGAGACGAUGCUGAGCUGAUCCGCGGUGAUCUUGCGGAGACGCGUCCAAUAAGCGGCGGGUGGUGGAAGCCCGGAGGAGAGAGGAGCGCUGGGAAGGAUCCGGACGUGUGCGCCGCACUGCCAGGAGGAGGUGAUGCCCGCGUCUUCUCACCUGGACCCCGCCGGGCUGGUGCUCCUGCUGCUGCUGCUGGGUGGCUGGGCGGUCGGAGGAACUGUGCCAGCUGCCCCGGUGAACGUGUCGGUGACCCAAUUAAGAGCCCACUCAGCCAUGGUGACCUGGAAUGUCCCCCAAGGAGACACAGUCAUUGGCUAUUCCAUCUCGCAGCAGAGACAGGACGGCCUGAUGCAGCGCUCCAUCCGGGAGGUGAACACCUCAAGCCACUGGUGUGUGCUGUGGGAUCUGGAUGAGGACACACACUACAGCGUGCAGGUGCAGUCCGUCGGGCCGCACGGCGACAGUCAACCAAGCAGAGCCCUCCACUUCAGGACAUUGGAAAGAAGUGACCACUAUCCGGCCGGAGUUUUGGACCACCAUGAGCCGGCCAUGGAGGGUUUGGGUAUGACACCUCACCUGCAAACUGGAGAGCUGCUCAUCAUCACGACAGUGCUGCUGCUUUGGGCAGCGGUCAUCGCCCUGUUCUGCCGCCAGUACGAGAUCAUCAAGGACAACGACUCAAGUGGGACCAGGGAGAAAACCAAGAGGCCGCUUGUCCAGGCUGCAUCCUCCUACUACAACGCCUCAGCCCCGAGCUCGCCAAUCUACCACAAUGGCGACAUCCACAGCGGAAGGCUUCACAGAGCUUCCUCCUCCAUCAGCAUCAUUCGAGUCUGAGAGGUCGGCUUCGGGGUCAGCGGGGUCUAUUUCAGAGUAAAACGUGGACAAAACAAGCAACACUUCUCAACUAAUAAUACCUGGCCGUCCCGGAGAGAAGAUAAGCUGCUGCCAUCUUGUGGCAAAAGACUUCAAUGGUUCGACGUGUGCUGAUCAAAAUGGACGCGGCAGAGGUUUUGCUUUUCCCGCUGGUUGACGUCACCCUCACUUCCUGUUUCCGGUUUUACUUUCCCGCUCGUUCACGUCAACGGCUUCUGACUGCGCAGACGCGGAAGUAGGUUUGUUUCCACCAUUACUUCCAUAGACAUGUUAUAAGGAGACGCAGCAUUGGCUGCUGUGACGCGAGAUAUUCGGCCGCCAUCUUGAAGUGGUGACGAGGAGCCGGCGAGCAGCCUAAAUUGACAGGUGACAGGCAGAAAACAAAGAUGCCGGGCUGGUGUUCAGCGUUUUCCUGCUCAAAUGAGCGGUCUGUUGAAAAUAGGAAUCGGGGGAUUACUUUUCACAAGUAAGAUUGAACAUUAACGUACUAUUGGUUGUAUUUUGUGAAAAUAAUAUUACCACAGAGUUGAGAAGGAGCAAAGAUCUUUAAUAGGGAUGUCCGAUAAUGGCUUUUUUGCCGAUAUCCGAUAUUAUCCAACUGUUAAUUACCGAUUCCGAUAUCAACCGAUACCGAUAUAUACAGUCGUGGAAUUAACACAUUAUUAUGCCUAAUUUGGACAACCAGGUAUGGUGAAGAUAAGGUCCUUUAAAAAAAAAAUUAUUAAAUAAAAUACGAUAAAUAAAUUAUAAACAUUUUCUUUAAUAAAAAAGAAAGUAAAACAGUACAAAAACAGUUACAUAGAAACUAGUAAUUAAUGAAAAUGAGUAAAAUUAACUGUUAAAGGUUAGUACUAUUAGUGGAGCAGCAGCACGCACAAUCAUGUGUGCUUACGGACUGUAUCCCUUGCAGACUGUAUUGAUAUAUAUUGAUAUAUAAUGUAGGAACCAGAAUAUUAAUAACAGAAAGAAACAA